UCAUCCUCUUGUCUUCUUCUUCUCUUCCCUUUAGAGGGCACAAAAAUAGAUUAUUUAGACCCAAAACAAAUCAAAGAUCACUCUCGACUUUGCGGAAACAACAACACAGAGAGACUCACACUUGCAAGAAUUGGAAGAAGAAGAAGAGAGUUUUUAUUUUUUUGGGAUCUGAAGUUUUUUGUGAAAGUAGCUAAUUAAUGGCGAAGAUCAAACCUCAAGCCUUAUUGCAGCAAAGCAAGAAGAAGAAAGGACCUUCUCGGAUAAGCAUAACCAACAUCGUCAUUUACACCUUGGCUCUGCUACUGCUUGUCUUUGUUCUCUUCUCUGCUUACAGACGUUGGACUCUUAGAUCUGAGAUCCCAUCGCACAACGGUAGAUCAGUUCUUGAGGAUGCAGCCUUCCCUGGGAGUAUUAAGAAUUCCCAUCUUCCCCGGUUUAUUACCUUGGAUACUGGCAAAGGUUCAGUGACCAUUGAACUGUUCAAGGCUACUGCUCCCACUGUUGUUGACCAAUUCAUGAAAUUAUGUCAAGAUGGCUAUUUCAAAGGUUUCUUAUUCAGUCGAGUUGUAAAGCAUUCUGUGAUUCAAGCGGGUGCAUCUGGCGAGUUCGAUGCUGUCAAAGAUUGGGCACUCGAAAGGAAGAACCUUGACACCAGUUUAAAACAAGAAGAAUUCAUGGUGGGAACUCCUAAAGCUAAAAACGAGCAAGGAGGAUUCGACUUCUUCAUUGUACCUGCUCAGAUCACAGAUCUGAACGAGAAAUUGACUGUCUUUGGUCGAGUUGCCAAGGGACAAGACGUCGUUCAGAACAUCGAGGAGGUUGAGACUGAUGAACAGUAUCAACCAAAGUCACCAAUUGAGAUUAUGUCCGUCACUUUACUUCAAGACAUGUAAUAAAAGCUUUACCUCUCUCUUGUCUCUUGUAUGAAACUCAAGUGAUUCUUUUUUUUCUCUCUCUUUUUUUUUUUUAAUUGAACCUUUUUAUUACCAAAUCUAUUUUGCAUCA